CGACGAUUAUUUCAAAAAUGUUUUGACAGCCUUGACUUAUUUAUUGCACCGUCUUUUCUACAGAUUAAAACAUCAAAGAGUCGUUAUGUUUGGAACGAGCAACGGACGACGAAUGUCUUUAACUCCUCAGAAUUUUUGGUUGGUUCAAGAUUCUGUUUCUUCCACAACUUUUAAUAAUUCCGCAAAGAACAUUAGACAAUUUAGCAGGUCAAACGAAAUUGAUGACUUUAUUAGAAGGACUAACCAAGACAAUUGUGUGGAAAUGGAUGACGGAGAGCCUUUACAGUUUUGUAACUUAAAAGAAAAUAUCUUAAGAUUGGAAGAACUUGCAAAGAAGAAUGGAAUUUCGUUAGACGAUGACAGAUUAGAUAACAAUGGACAGUAUUUAAUUCAACAACUGUGCGAAGUAAAUCCCAGUGCAAAUAUGUUUGCGAGGCGAGAUUCACUGGGGUCCGCAUGUUGGUUUAAUGCUGGACGCAGGUUUUCAGGACUUAAACCUGAACACUUGCCCGAGGAGAAUAGACUAGCACAGCUUGUGUGUCAGCUUGGAUUGGAACAUGUCAGGGAACUACCUGAAUUGCCUACGGAAAUGAUAAACAACUGCUUAUUAGCUUACUAGCAUUAUUGCUAAUUUAUAGAAAUGAUAUACUUGAAUCAAGUUAUAAUAUUAAAUUUAGAAAGAAAUUAUUACAGUGAAUGUAAAUAUGAAAUAUAUAUUGGUGUCAUGGAACAUGGAAAUGAUAAUUAACUGCAUUGUGCUUAUUAGCUUAUUGCUAGUUUAGAAGUGAUAUACUUGAAUCAAGUUAUAAUAGUAAAUUUAGAAAGGAAUUAUUACAGUGAAUGUAAGUAUGAAAUAUAUAUUGGUGCGUAGAUAACUAGACAAUAUUGUACAUAUCUCACAUGAGUCACAUCGACAAUUACGUUUAACAAGAAUAUGGCAAACUCUAUAACUAAAGGUGUCAAAAGUGGCGAAACACGAGCGAGACAACUAGGUCCCAUGCAUGCUUGCUCACCACUAGAUGUGAUAGGAUACCCAGGGGGUGUUAGGGACUAUUAGGUCCCAUGCAUGCUGCUCACCACUAGAUGUGAUAGGAUACCCAGGGGGUGUUAGGGACUACUAGGUCCCAUGCAUGCUGC